CAAUAGUGUUCCAGAUAGUAAUAAUGGAUCGGGACCCAUGUAGACACUGAGAAAAAUAAAGUAUGACAAUGUUUGGAAGGGGGUUUAAACUUACUGACACUGUCAGUAUGCUUUCACAAACAAGUGUUGUUAAUGUGAUUUGACCUUUGAAAUUGCUAGAUAACUGUUUCUCAACAGAAACCUUCGACAGCCAAAGAUGCUUACUCGGAGGUAACGAUACAGCGAAUCAUCGGUCUCAUAACCUGGUCUUGAGAUAUCGGUAAUCCCCGAGCCAACAGAAAUCCUGUAACGAUAAAAGCAGUGAUUGAGGACAGUGCAAGAGAGAGAAAAAACAUGUCGUGCUCCAGCGAAUUGUCACGAUCCCAGGAAUAUCUCAGUUUUCGUAGUUCUAUCCCACUCAGGAAAAUCGUCGUCGAUGCUGACGGCACUAAGGGAUGGAAGGUAUACGACUCCAGUCCAAAAACUAUUAAGUGCCCCCUCAUAUGUCUUCCACCGGUCAGCGGAACAGCAGAUGUGUUCUUUAAACAAAUCUUAGGCUUGGCAGCCAAAGGAUAUAGAAUUAUAUCGGCCGAACCACCGGUAUACUGGAACGUUAAAGAGUGGUGUGAUGGAUUCAGGAAACUCCUGGAUUACAUGGAACUCGAUAAGGUUCAUCUAUUCGGCGCUUCAUUAGGUGGAUUCCUGGCUCAAAAGUUUACCGAGGUGAACGCUCAUUGUCCUCGAGUGGUAUCACUGGUACUCUGUAAUACGUUCACGGACACGUCGGUUUUCAGUUACAACGAUUCGGCGGCAGUGUUUUGGAUCCUACCAUCGUUGGUAUUGAAAAAAAUGCUAAUGGGGAACUUCGUGACGGAGAAGGUCGAUGGAGAAAUCGUGGAAGCUAUAGAUUUCAUGGUUGAAAGGCUGGAAAGUUUAACGCAACCCGAAUUGGCGUCUCGAUUAACGAUGAAUUGCGUUAAUUGUUACGUGCAACCGCAAAAAAUAUGCCACCUGCCUAUUACAAUUCUCGAUGUUUUCGACGAAUACGCGUUAUCUAAUUCGGUGAGAGAGGAGAUGUACAAGUGUUACCCCAAUGCUAAACUGGCACAUCUGAAGAGUGGUGGAAAUUUCCCAUACUUGAGUCGAUCGGCUGAAGUAAAUUUACAUUUACAGAUUCACUUGAGACAAUUCGAAGGAACCGAGUACGCUGCCUCAGAGAGGACAAAAUUAUAGCGAGCUAGCUAAGGAUAGUAAACAAAUUCGAAGUUGUCAUAUCAAGACAUAUUCCACGUAUGCGUGUUCCUAUACUUGUACCCUGAAUACCGGCCGGCCAGAUUUUCACAGUGUAUCAGUUACGUAAUACGUAUUAAUACUUAUGAUAGCAAUCUCAAAACCUUCUACAAAUAUACCCAACAUAUCAAAUAUGCUGAAAUUUUUAAUAAUGUACAUAGUAUUAAGCUGAUGGUACAUUGAAACUCAUUGUAUACUAAGAAAACUGAAUAAGAAAAGAAAAAUAUUCGUUCGUUGUUAAUCAAUGUCGAUGGAUUAUUCAGUGUUUACCUCGAUCUGUGUAAUACUUGAUCGAAAUAAAUAUAAUUUUGUAA